AUGGCAACUUUCUCUACUUCUGAUGUUAAAUUGUUUGGCAAAUGGUCUUAUGACGAAGUCAAUGUUUCUGACUUAUCUCUUGUAGACUACAUUGCCGUUAAGGAUAAGGCUUGCGUAUAUGCUCCAGUUACUGCAGGUAGAUACCAAGUUAAGCGUUUCAGAAAGGCUCUCUGCCCAAUUGUUGAAAGACUUGUCUGUUCUUUAAUGAUGCAUGGUAGAAACAAUGGUAAGAAGAACCAAGCUAUACGUAUAGUUCGUGCUGCUUUUGAUAUUAUCAAUCUAGUUACUGAUCAGAAUCCAAUUCAGGUCUUUGUGGAUGCUGUCAAGAAUGGAGGUCCUCGUGAAGAUUCUACCAGUAUUGGUUCAGCUGGUGCUGUCAGACGUCAAGCUGUUGAUGUUUCUCCUCUAAGACGUGUUAACCAGGCUAUUUAUCUUAUCUGUACCGGAGCUCGUACUCAGGCUUUCAGAAACAUUAAGACCAUUGCUGAGUGCUUGGCAGACGAGAUUAUUAACUGUGCCAAGGAGAACCCAAAUAGCUAUGCUAUUAAGAGAAAGGAUGAGGUAGAACGUGUUGCUAAAGCAAAUCGAUAA